AUGCAUCGUCGCAAGCCCAUCUCCGCCAAGCAGCGCAAGGAGCAGCUCCAGCUCAAGCGUGCCGUCAAGCGCGGCGACGCCCCCGCCCCUCCUCCCGCUAAGCCCGACCGCCACCGCAAGGGCCGCCGUGGACCCACAGGCCAACAGGUCGGCGCGCCCCCUGCCUCGCGCGUCGCCGCCGCCGACUCGUCGCGCCGCCUCGAAUCCUCGUUCGUCAAGCUUCCGCCUCAGUUCCUCGCCCACACUCGCACUCUCGCCGCAUCGAUCGCACUCACACGCCCAAUUCCUCCCGACCGCGCGAUUCUCUCUGAUGUCCCCUCUCCUCCGGCAGCUGAUCUCCCGGCACAGGACUCUCCUCUGACCUGCCCCAAACGGCCCAAAUGGCGAUACGACAUGUCCAAGAAGGAGGUCGAGGCGAACGAGGAGGGCCUCUUCAGGCAGUGGCUCGCCCAGACUGAUGCUUCCCUCGAUCCCUGCUUUGAUCCCACUCACAGCCCCGCCGAGGCAGAUGCCCAGGCGGAGAAAACAUCCGACCACUCGCCCGGGGCGGAACACAUGCCCCACGCGCCGACAUCCUUCGAGCGUAAUCUUGAAGUGUGGCGGCAGCUAUGGCGCGUGACCGAGAUAUCCCACAUCAUCCUCGUCCUCCUCGACGCCCGCUGCCCCACCCUCCACUUUCCUCCCGCGCUCGCCGCCUACCUGUCAAACAUGCCAAAUGCGUCCCGCGUCCGCACCAUCCUCGUUCUCACAAAGGUCGACAUAGCCGGCCCCGAGAGGGCCGCCGCCUGGUCCGCUCACCUCCGCGCGAACCAGCCCGGCACCCGUGUCGUUCAGGUUGAAUCCUUCGCCGACAGAUCUCUCGACCGCGAAGCAGACGCGAGCGCCAGAAGGCGCGCGCGCGAGCCCCGUCUGCCUUCCGCCUUCCGCCGCACCCUCGUCGACGCCCUCCGCGAAACGCACGCCGAGCUUCUCGAGCCCCCGGAAUCAAUCCGGUCCAAGCCCGAGAGGCUCGCUGCCUGGAAACCCCGUGUGAAGUCCGAUGUCGACUGGGACGCCGUGCUGACCGCCCACGGGGGCCAAGUGGGCACCGUCGUCGGUGGUGCCGCGGCGCCGAGGCCGCACGGACCAGCGUCCGAUGACGGUCAAACGCAUGAAGCCCACUCCGAUGACGAGAGCGAGGCUUCCGAACCCGACUAUCUCACCGUCGGCCUCAUUGGCCAGCCGAACGUGGGCAAAUCGUCUUUGUUGAAUGCGCUCUUCGGGACGCAGAAAGUGAGGGCGUCUCGCACCCCUGGCAAGACUAAACACUUCCAGACGCUCUUCUGGACCCCGGAGGUCCGCCUCGUCGACUGUCCGGGGCUCGUCGUUCCCAACUACGUCCCAAUGGAGGAUCAGGUUUUGAGUGGGAUCCUUCCCAUUUCACGCGUCUCCGCGGUGCCGUUAUGCAUCCACCACGCCGCGCAGCUCCUCCCGCUAGAGCGCGUUCUCGGCCUUACACAUCCAUCGCUUGUCCUCCCGCCCCUGGUGGACAAACGGACGUGGCGCGACGGCGCCCGGCCACCGCCCGCCGCGCCCAGCCCGUCCACGGACCCCGUCUGGACCGCGAUGGACAUCCUGACUGCGUACGCAGCGCGCAAGGGCUGGGUCACCGCGAAGGCUGGCCGACCCGACGUCAACCGGGCGGGAAACGCGAGUGCGUGUCUGCGGUUCACGGGGCCUCUCAGUGUCCGCGCGACUAACCGAGACCUCCCUUCCUCGACCCAUGUGCUGCGGGUCUCGCCCGGGCCGUCAAACGAACGAAAAAAAAAACCCCCCGAAACCGAAACCGAAACCGAAAACCGUUCGCCCCCGUCGUGUCCGGCGCCGCCUCCAAACUGUAUUCCGUCCUCCUGUUUCGACCGCCUCUCCCCGCCACAGUCCUCCGCGCGCUCGCCGAGGGCCGCAUCCGGUGGGCGUUCUGGCCCCCCGGGACCUGCCCUCCGCCGCCGCGGGCGACGGAAUCUGGAUCGCCCCGCGCAGCGCGGACGAUGA